UGAUGUCAGUAGCUUGGAAUAUGAAAUUUGAAAUGGUGUAGAUAUCAAAGUGUACAAUUUUUUUUAAGUGUAUUGUUAUAGUAUGGGAUUGUAUUUUUGUUCUAAUUAUCCAGAAGGGUCUGAAAGGUGUUGGUUCUGAAACUAUUUAAGAAUUUGAACAUGUGGAAUUAAAUUGUCCUGUAAAAUCCAUUGUGUGAAUGUUUGCUCCCAAUCCUUUUAGCAAUGUGUUUGAGUCUGAACCCAGGAAACGUGAAAUUGUAAUUUUGUUACAGCAUUGUCACUGGAUCUGAAACCUCAGGAGAUCCCAAGACCACCCCCUGAUCUUUCCACAGGUGCCAUUUGCGGUGGUGGUCGAUUUUUAGUCUUGCUGUUGUCGAAAUGAAUGUGAUUGAGUGGCCUGUAGGGAAGGUGGUUUGUGACAUGCUAAGUGUUACAUGAUGUGGAGCUUUCACGGCGGCUUUCAUCAAUAAAGUCAUCUCGGGCUAUCAGCCGUGUUAGACGAUUAAUUGCCAACGUUUCGAGGACCAUCUCUGACCUCAUUUGAAAAUGAGGCCAGAGAUGGUCAUCGAAACCGUGAUUAAUCACUGUCUAAAAGGGCUGAUAGCCCGAGAAGACUAUUAAUGCCAAAUGUUCAGUGGGAUAAACAUUUCUUCUAAUUUCUCUGUCCACAUGUUAACUGAAUAGUGACUGAUGUUUACAGGUUUAUUUGUAUUAAAUUUAAAUUUUACAAUGUCUUGAUGCCAAAGCGAAUAGUCCCAUAGGUUGAAAUGCAGGUGUGUAGUGCAUGUGAUUCUGCUUCGAGUGGUAAUAGAAGUGGCUGGGAUAUUCUGAUCGUACAGCUUCCUGGUGGUGCGUAGUAUUGGUACUUAUAUUAUGUCCCUACAAGUUUUGUAAGAGGAGACUCCUGAUUAAAUAAAGGUUUGAACACCUUGAAUUGUCGGUAGUGUGCCAAAAAUAAGUACAAGGUGUGUUUGACAAAGGAUGUUUCUCGGACCUGCAGUUGGUACUCCUGUAGGAUUGGAUGUUGUGGUGGUGAGUAUGAAGAUGGCUAUCAUCUUGGUUGUAGCGAAAUAGAAGUUUGCCAGCGUUUCAGAAGUCUUUGCUACCGAGGGUGUUUGUGGUGAUAACACAUAACAGGCUAUUGUUUGACAAAAAUGCACGGCUUAAAAAAAUCUCUUUGAAGUUACUUAAUCAGAGUGCGGGAUCGAAGUUUUAAAAUCCGGUCUACAAGUAAAUGGGAAACACGAGGAAGGGUCGAGUGGACGGACGUGGACCUGCGCGGUAGGUCUUUUGGCACCGCUGUAAGUGCGUCGAGAUGAAGCAUAAUCAUUCGUCCGCCUGAUAGCGUCGGCAGAUGGGCUCGACGGUUGUGUCCUCGUGGUUGCAGCAUAUGACGGGGCUUUGCGCUUUACUUUGCGUGGUCAUGGCGACAGGCGUGUUAGGAGACGAGCAGGAAUACAGACUGACGCGCUAUCUUAUGGCGAAUUACGAUCCGUCAGUUCGUCCUGCCGAGAAUUCAUCAGAGCCGCUCAAAGUUGUGUUUGGGAUCUCGUUGCAUCACAUCAUAGAUGUUGACGAGAAGAAUCAGAUCCUGACGACAAAUUGCUGGCUGACACAGAUUUGGACCGAUCAUCACCUCAAGUGGAACGCGUCAGAUUUCGCAGGAAUAAGGGUCAUCAGGUUACCUUACCAGAGGGUCUGGAGGCCGGACACAGUCCUGUACAACAACGCGGAUUCUCAGUACAACUCAGCCGUGAUCAACACAAACGUCAUCGUGACGUACACGGGGGAGGUGGUCUGGCUAAGCCACGGAAUCUUCAGGAGCUCCUGCGACAUCAAUGUCGAGUACUUCCCCUUCGACGUGCAGAGCUGUAACAUGAAAUGGGCUUCUUGGACGUACGACGGCUACCAGCUGGACCUGGUGAAGCAGACCGAAGACGGUGACGUGACCAACUAUCAGGCAAACGGUGAAUUCGACCUGGUGAGUUUCGACGCGAUCCGACACGUUGAGUUUUACUCAUGCUGCCCUGAGCCCUAUCCCGACAUCACGUACGUGAUCCGGCUCAGAAGACGACCCAUGUUCUACGUCUACAACCUCAUCCUCCCCUGCAUCCUGAUUAACGGAAUUGCACUGCUUGUGUUCUAUGUUCCAUCCGAAUCUGGCGAGAAAGUAACUCUAGGCAUCAGUGCUUUGCUCUCAAUGACAGUUUUCCUCAUGACCAUAAGAGAGAGUCUUCCACCUACAGAGAAGACACCUUUAAUUAGUUUGUAUUAUGGGGUUAGCAUAUGCCUAGUAUCAUUUGCAUCAGGCUUAUCUGUUGUGACACUCAAUGUGUACCAUCGUGGAGUGAGAGGAACUGGUGUCCCCAGAAUGAUCAAGGCCCUCAUACUGGGCAAGCUGGCGAAACUAGUCUUCCUCCAGUUUGAACCACGAGACAAACACAGACCUUCGAUGCAACACCAGGACAUGAAUACAGGCACUGGCACACGAUUAGAUUGUCCACGCCAACCAGACAAUAAGUGGAUAGCAGACAGUGAAGGGGAUUAUCUGGAUCCUCAGUACAUGUCUCCACGUUUCCUGCCUCGUCAUAGCCGUGCAGAUUCAACACCAGACAGUUUUGAGGCACAGUUUCUGCGUGUGCUGAACAAGGUGAACCACACCAUCGAACGCAAUGAGCUGCGCGUCACAGAGCAGGAACACCGAGAUGUGACAGAGCGAGAAUGGAAGCAAGUAGCACUAGUGUGUGACAGGUUCUUGCUGUGGGUAUUUCUGCUCACAACUGCUGUCACAACGACAGUGAUCCUCUGCGGCUCUCCGUAUGGCCCUUGAUGAGAUGAAUAGCGUGAGUGAAAUGUUUUGAUAAAAUGAUCUAAUAGAAUUGUCAGAUUGGUUUAAAAAUGAGGAAGUAUGUUUGUAGAAUUAAUCUUGUAUGUUGACAUGUUCAUAUAACAGCACAGUUAUCAUACUGGCACCCAAAUAAAAAUGAAAGAUCUGAUAAGGAAGUCUUGUUAUAAUGUUUAGAGACAGUGCAAUAAUCAGAAUGAAUACACAGAGAAGGUAGGUAAUGUUUCAAAUCCUAAGUGUUUUGAGUAAUUCAUGUUGAAUGUCGGGUUACAUUGAGAUUAUUGUUGUCCCAUGUUAGUUGUGAACCUUUUGAGACAUUUUCUUUAAAGUUUAGGAGACAGAAGAUUCAAUUGCAGAUAAAUUACAAGGCUCAAAACAGACUGAACUUUUGGUUAUAAUGUUCUGAUGUUCAUGAGAUGUGUGUGGUUAAGAUAUAAAGCUUUCACAGUGAGUAAGUGUGCUAAACUUCUCUCAGGCAAUCAGCCAUGUUAAAGUUGAAUUAAGAACCAAGAUGUCAAGAGACUUGCUUCGUCCCCAUCAUCUUGGUCCCCCUACCGUGACCGAGUCUUUGACCAUUUUUAAUUCCAUUAUAUUUCUUCCAUUCAUAAAUUCAGAGACACAAAUCCUAUAGCCAUAUAAUUUUUGUAAUAAUUCUUGGUUGUAAAAGUGAAUGUUUGGUUAGUACUUAACUCUCUUACUUGAAACAAUUAUAAUCUACUAUUGAAUACAAUGCGACAUGGAGUUUUAUCCCAGACAUUGGUUGAUUUAUCUGAUGAAAAUGACAGAAAGCUUCAUAAAAUGGCUGAAAUUAUAAAACAAGAAUUACAUAUUAAAUAUAGGGUACUUGAAUGAAGCUGUGAUGAAGCAGAUUGCUUUAAAAAGUCACACUUGGGAUAUCUUUGUCUGAAUGCUAAUCUAUACUAUUAAGUUCAGUUUAUAUGAUAAGCUCUUGUAACAUGAAAUAUGUGUAAGAAUGACAAAGUUUUCCAAAACUAUAAUUUUUAUAGAAACAUAUUGAUGCCACUGAGUUUAUUGUGGUUUUAUAUGUGUUUUAUGAAGUUAAUAUAUUGUUAUGAUAUUUGUUUCUGAUGAAAACAUGUGGUGAGACAAAAUAAUACAGUUAAUGGGUUGAAUUUUUGUGUAUUUGCAACAAUUGAGAAGAUGUGGGAUGAGAUGUAUGCUCCUGACAAUGUAAUAUAUAUGCAUAAUUUAAAAUGUAAUAACAGUUGAUUUAUAAAAAUGGAGAAAAACAUCUAAACUCCUUUUAUGUGAACUUACAGUACAUGUGUUAUGUGAGUGUUUCAUUUUCAUCAUGAGCUGUCAACAAGAUUUCUAAAAGCAGACUGGGACUUUAUUGUUGGAAGAUAUUUAUUGAAAGUAUGGUAAGUAGAUUAUGAAAUGCUUAUAACAUAAUCCUAAAUGGUAACUAAAGAAGAGAAAAUGUGUGUAAAGGUGACCUAAUGUAUUAAUGUUCUUAUAAAUAAAAUUAUAUAAACAUUGU